AUGGCUCACCGUGGAGGAGUGGAGGACUGGCUGAGUGGUGGGCACUUGGGCUGCGGCUUCGGGACGGAGGCGCCGUGGGCGGCCGGUGCAGAGGGGCGCGGCGGCGGCUUCCUGUUGUCCGCGCUGCGGCAGAGGGCAGAGGGGCAGCCGGUGCAGAGGGCCGCGGAGGACGGCUGGGCUGUGGCAGGAGUGGGUACCUGCGAUGGCGAGUACUGGGACGGCGGCGGCGAGGUCGGCGGCGGCGCUGGAACCCUAGCGCGCGGCCCUGCUCGAGGUAAGCCCAAGAAGUCAGACCAAGGGCGCGCGGCAGGCACGAGCCACGGAGAAGUGAGGGGCGCGGGGGAGGGGAGGCAGGGGCUUACUGGGGAGGGCUGGGAACGCCGUGGGGUCGCCGGCAAUCUCCGCGGCCGAAAAAGAGGAAGAAGGUGUUGGGGACGACGCUUCGGGGCUCUUCCGGUCGCGUGA